GUACAGUGCCUACAGAGAUCGUAACAGACUGUCAGCUUCUCUGGACCUGGAAUUACAGAAGGUUGUGAGUCCCACGAUGUGGAUGCUGGGAUCUGAACUACCGAGACCCCAGAAAACUUCCAGCAAGAAAGUAUGAUUACACGUGUCUAAUGUCUAAUGCUGAACCUUGGUUUGAGCUUGGAAAGUCUCUGAAUCCUGAAGUGAAAGAGCUGGAUAAUAAGGAUGAUGAAUAAACUCCAGUCCAAUGUGGAAGUAAGCGUGCUGGCAGCAGUAGUGUGGAGAGGCCAUGUCACCUGCUGUCCUUCUCUCAAGGCUGGGUCCAUCAGGCCAGAGGCUGCUGCUCCUUCUGACUCAGAUAUACAGCUGGUGACCGAAUCUACACAGCUAAGGACAUCUGAGUCCUGAACAAACUCAUCCCUGGAGAGACUCCUUGAGAGCAGACUCUUCACCACCGAAGCCCCUGGGCACCUCCAGAACAUGGCAGGCAGAGAUGGCCUGCACCGCCUGAUGGCUGAAGAUGGAGCCUGGGAGGCGUUUGUAUCCAAGGCCAAGUUGCCCAGGGAUAAGGCAGUGGCCCUUCACAAAGUGCUGGGGGACCUGUCAGCACUCUCGGCCCUAGCAGACAGAGACAGACUUCAGAAAGACCUGCGGAGCAGGAAGAGGUUUCUGAAAGCAUUUCCUCACCUGAAGGCAGAGGUGGAGGAGCACAUCAGGCAGCUCCACGCCCUGGCUGACCGCACUGAGGAGCUGCACAGGGGCUGCGCCAUCUCCAACGUAGUGGCUGACUCCUUCAGCACCUUCUCCGACAUGCUGGGCCUCCUUGGUCUGUUUCUGGCACCGGUGACAGCAGAGGGAAGUCUGAUGCUCUCUGCCACUGGCUUGGGGCUGGGGGUAGCAGCUACUGUGACUAAUGUUGCUACUUCCAUCGUGGAGGAAGCAAGCAGGUUUUCGAAUGAAGUGGAAGCCGGUCACCAUGAUUCAACUGGCAUGGAUGUGUUGGAGGCUGGAGCAGCCGUGGCCAGGAUUGCCAGCAAGUUCCCUCAGGCUGCCAGAGAUAUCACCAAAGAUCUUGAAGCCCUUGAGCAACACAUGGAUGCCCUCAGGCUGGUAAGAGACAACCCUCGCUUAGAAGAAGAUGCCAGGAUCCUCGCCAAAACAGGAAAGAUCCCCGACCAGCGUGCUAGAAGGGUGAGGGCCACCUUGAGAGGAACCCCUCUGGCGAUGAGCAAUGAAGCUCGCAUCAAGAGGGCCACCAGGGCAGGUGUGUCUCUCUUGCAAGAUGCUGACAGCCUUGUGAAAACGUCAAAGCAUCUGUACGAAGGGGCACAGUCAGAAUCAGCUGAAGCUCUCAGGGAGCUGGCUCAAGAGCUGGAGGAGAAGAUGGGGAAGCUCGACAAAUUCUACACCACUCUGCUUAUCUCCCAAUUAGUCUCUCCAUCCCCCAAAACAUACUGAGGUCAGAGAAUAGGAACUAGACAGAGAUGAGGACAGGUUAGACACUGUUAGAGGACAGCAAGAGUCCAGUCAAGUCCAUGGAACAGAGACCCAGGCCUAUGACUGAUCAUGGCAGGUUCGUGUGCACAGUAGGGGGUCAAGUGAGUCCAACUGGAACCUGAGACAGGGACCAGAGGAUGUGCCAAAAACAGACUGGAGAGAACGGCCUCUGGACUAAACAUGGAAGAAGACAGUUAUCACAAAGACUGGAAAGCCCUCCCCAACUCGGCUACCAGAAACAAAGCAUGAGAAAGAAGAAACCACAGAACACAAACCCAAGAGAAAGUGUUUGCUAUGUAGAUAAUCCAUGAACCCCCAGCCCUGUGCUUUAGAGCACAUGCCUUCCCCCAGGUCACCAGUCCACUCCUGUCCUCAGGCAUGCCUUCACCCCUAAAUAAAGUGCUCCUCCUGUAACAACCUCA